UUUGACGUAAAGACGCUUCCACAGAGCCAAAUAAAUGAGUGACAACAAACUAAGCCUUCGCUUCCCAACGUCCCAAAACUGUGGAAAGCAUGUCUAUCAAUAUUCAAAAGAGCUUCAGAAACUGUAGGAAACAAAGAUUCAGCGAUGACCAAAUCAAGUCACUGGAGACGACAUUCAAGACGGAGGCUAGACCGGAGCUACGCCUGAAGCAUCACCUAGCUAACAAGCUUGGGCUGCAGCCACGACAGAUCGCGAUAUGGUUCCAGAACAAGAGGGCUAGAUCAAAGUCCAAGCAAAUCGAGCAGGAAUACAGUGUGCUUAAGUCCAACUACGAUCACUUAGCUCUACAGUUUGAGGCAUUGAGGAAAGAAAACCAAACAUUGCUUAUCCAGGUGCAGAAACUCAGAAAGAAGGCUGAUUGCGAGGAAAAUGACAAGAAUACAUUGAAAUUGGCAGCUUCUGAGAUCCCAAGAUUACUACUAGACAUCAACGGCAAUGAGAUAUGUGGUGAACUGAAAGGAAGAGUAGAUUACCUGGAGGAAGAGGCAGAUGCUGACGUUCUGUAUAUGGCUCAGAUUGCUGAAAGUUCCUUACCAUCGCCUCAAGACAGUUGUAGCUUAGAAUCUUGUAAUUUUCUUGAUAAUACUGGAGGUAGUGCACAGUGGUGGGACUUCUAGUUCUAAAAUAUAGAGUGAAGAUACGUGUGUGAUCGAUUAGGGAGCAGAGUAUUAUGAAGUAGGUUGUGUAAACUCAUACUGCAUACUUCUUCCAAUUUUUAUUUAUGUUUGCUGUAAUCACCCUGUAAAAGCAAAGCCAUCUCAGAUGGAUUUUCGUGAUCA